AUGGAAAGAUUUUUUAAGAGAAAGUCAUCAUUGGGUAGUUCGGAUAGUGUGGGUAGUUCAAGAACUUCAAGUUCAAGACAAAGUGAGUUAGAUGAGGUUUUGGCUAAUCUUCAGGCAGACCCGGGACUAAGAAUUCGUAUGAUUGAGUAUGAUACUAAUAUUAGAGAUGAGGUUCGAAGAGCAUAUCUACAAAAAGGACCUUGUCAACCUAGAGGUCAUUCUUUCCCACAAAGUAAUAUCUCAGGAAUUAAUCGACGCUUCAUUCCCCAAUGGUUUGAUGAAUUUGAUUGGUUGGAGUAUAGUGUAUCUAAAGAUGCUGCAUUUUGUCUUUAUUGCUAUCUCUUUAAAUCCAAUUUUGAACAAGUGGGUAGUGAAGCCUUCACUGGAGCAGGGUUUAAGAAUUGGAAGAAAGGGAGAGAAAGAAUGAAGGUGCAUGUUGGACCGGUUGGUAGUGUUCAUAAUAAAGCUAGAGAAGCCGCUACAAAUUUGAUGAAUCAAAAUACACAUAUUGAAACGGCUGUGAGCAAACACUCUGAACAAGCUCGUAUGGCAUAUCGAAGAUGCUUAAUUGCAUCAAUCAAGUGCACUAAGUUUCUAUUGAGACAAG